GCAGCCAUUAUGAUCUUCUUCAUGGACCUCCAGAUGAUGCUGCUGGACGUCAUCUACUUCAUUCUGCGCAACAGCCUGCGGGCCGUCCUCCGCCCGCGCAUCAAGUCUAUCGAAGGCGAGCUGGUGCUGAUCACCGGAUCGGGAGGCGGCCUCGGUCGCCUCUUCGCCCAGGAGUUUAGUAAGCGAGGCGCCGAGGUGGUGCUCUGGGACAUUGACGCCACGUCCAACGAGCGAACAGCCGAGCUGGUGCGUGGUAUGGGCGGCGACGUGCACGCCUACACGGUGGAUGUGACCAAGAGGGAGGACGUGUAUCGCCAUGCCGACCUGCUAAGGAAGGAGUUGGGUCGAGAUGUCACCGUGUUGAUCAACAACGCUGGAGUGGUGGCUGGACGUAACGUGUUGGACUGUCCUGAUGAGCUCAUCGAGAGGACUUUGAGAGUCAACUGUCACGCACUUUUCUGGACAGUGAAGGCCUUCCUGCCUCAGAUGAAGGCCCAGAAUCACGGCCACGUUGUGACCAUCGCCAGCGUGCUUGGCCUUUUCAGCACAGCUUGUGUGGAGGACUACUGUGCCAGUAAGUUUGCUGCUGUGGGUUUUCACGAGUCUCUGGCUCACGAGCUGCUGGCUGAGGAGUUGGAGGGCGUUAAGACGACGCUGGUGUGUCCUUACAUCGUGGACACGGGCAUGUUUGAAGGCUGCAAGAUAAGGGAGGAGGUGGAGCUCAUCCUGCCCCCUCUGGAGCCUCAGUACUGCGUGGAACAAGCCAUGAACGCCAUCCUGAUCGACCAGCCACUCGUGUGCAUCCCGCGCCUCACAUAUCUACCAUUCCUCUGCAGAGCGUUAUUGCCAUGGGAAUCCAACGUGGUUACGUAUCGUUUCAUGGGGUCGGACAAGUGCAUGUAUCCCUUCAUUGAUGCCAGGAAGAAACUGAUGUCAAACGGUGGAAACUUGCUCGCAUAAAAGAACGGAAGACAUUUCAUUCAAAAAACAGAUCACUUAAAUGUUGCCCAGACAUUUAUUUACAAACACUGCUAAGAGGAUGGGAAGUUAAUUGCAAGCAUGUUAGGUAGAAAUGAAUACAUUAAUACUUCAAGACACAAGUUACAUUGGUUCUGUGACGCAGUUUACACCUUUAAAAACUGUUAUUGUGAAACAACUUUGCCCACUGAAAUUAAUUCAACUCAAUGUGUCCUCACAAUUUUAC